UUCGGAUAGAUUUUUUGUUAACUGCAUGUAUAAAUACGAGCAGAAGGCCGGUCACCUCUGUAACCAACAGCAGCAGCCCAAGAAGCCGCAUCUUCAGACGCAACCAGAGACCUCAGAGCUGAGAAGGCGCCACUGACUCUCGCAAGCUGCCUGACCCGGUGCUCCCACUGAGGCCGGCAGCUGGGCCAGCCCUCACCUUUUUCUUUCUCCUACCUUGACCCCCCCCCUUUCUUUUACCAGUAGCUUCUUUCUCCCGGUGGACUUAAAGCCACGUUGCUCCCCCCUCCCUUUGGCUCCUCGCCUCCUCUUUCUUCUACAUCUCUCCUCGCCCCCUUCUUUUGGUGUCACGCUCCCUCCUAGUUUCGUGCGUCUACAAACUUUUGAGCAGAAUACUAGCCUCGGCAAACAAGUCUCCCAGCUCCUCCUGCUAAUUCCCGCGGCUUCUCUUCAGACACCAACGCCAGACGGUGAUGCCACUCGGGUUGUGAUUCCAGCGUAGAAACUUGAAGAAGUCCUUUGCCCACCGUCCUACUUGGCAGCAAACCUUCUCCCAGCAGCGAAUGACCAUGUGUAGCGGAGCGAGGUUGGCCCUGCUGGUCUACGGGAUAAUAAUGCACAGCAGCGUCUACUGCUCACCUGCAGCCACCGGACUCCGCUUCCCCGGGAUCAGGCCAGAGGACGAGGCGUACGACCAGGACGGAAACCAGCUGCAGGACUUCUACGACUGGGACCCACCAGGCGCCGGGAGCCCCGCCUCCGCCCUGCGUGAUGCCUAUGCCCUCUACUACCCCGCGGAGAGGAGAGACAUCGCCCACGAGAUCCUUAACAAGGCCUACCGCAAAGUCCUGGACCAGCUGUACCUGCAGUCCCUCGUGGCCAAGGGUGUGGGUGGGAAUUUAGGUGGCGGCACUGAGGAUGACUCGAUGCCCCUCUCCAAACGCCACUCGGAUGGCAUCUUCACGGACAGCUACAGCCGCUACCGGAAACAAAUGGCAGUCAAGAAAUACUUGGCGGCCGUGCUGGGGAAAAGGUAUAAACAAAGGGUUAAAAACAAAGGACGCAGAAUAGCCUACUUGUAGCGAUGAGUUGUCAGCUACCCUGUGUAUACAAUGAAAAGUCAUUUUCCAAACUGACUGAACAGUCAUCGCUCAUGUGUUGUAUCCAAACAUGUAUUUAUGUAUGAAGUAAAGCCAUUAAAUGAAUA